AUGCACUCGCCAUCCAGCUGGGAAAGUCGGAACUGGAUGAGAAGUCCAGAGGUGAUUGGCUCAGUCUGCGCAGGUCUAGUCACCAUCGACAAAGACAGUGAUACCGUCCGACUAGUACAUUACACGGCCCAGACCUACUUUGAGCGAUCAUGGACAGAGUUCUUUCCAGGCGCGCAUACCAACCUUGCAAAACUUUGCCUCACCUGUUACACGGAAAUCGCCCUGUUACACAAGGGCUACGGUCACGGGAUCAGGGCAGAAGGUCCUCACCGACUUCUUAUAUAA